AUGUUGACCGCCUUGAACUGAACGCCACCAGGACCUGUACCAUUUGCUGCCACCGCCACCAGGACCUGUACCAUUUGCUGCCACCGCCACCAGGACCUGUACCAUUUGCUGCCACCGCCACCAGGACCUGUAACAUUUGCCGCCACCGCCACCAGGACCUGUACCAUUUGCCGCCACCGCCACCAGGACCUGUAACAUUUGCCACCUCUGCCACCAGGACCUGUAACAUUUGCCGCCACCGCCACCAGGACCUGUACCAUUUGCCGCCACCGCCACCAGGACCUGUAACAUUUGCCACCUCUGCCACCAGGACCUGUAACAUUUGCCGCCACCGCCACCAGGACCGGUAACAUUUGCUGCCUCUGCACCCGCUUCUCCUUCAACAACGUCAAACCCCACAGUCUCCGCCUCCUACACCGCAAAGACCCAGCCGCAGAAGGCAUGAGGGUCCCCCGGCCGAGAUGACAGUGCUGGUGCCAGCCUGGAGUCCAACAACUCGUCUCCUGCUGCUGCUGCUGCUGAGCUCGGAACUCAGUGGGACCCAGGACUGCUCCUUCCAGUUCAGCCCCAUCUCCUCCGACUUCGCUGCCAAAAUCCGUGAGCUGGGUGGUCUCCAUCUGAGCUCAAGCGAUCCUCCCACCUCGGCCUCCCAAAGUGCUGGAUAUUACAGGCGUGAGCCACUGUGCUGGGAGCUGUCGCCCCUUUUUGAGGCCAAGUCUGACUACUUGCUUCAAGAUUAUCCGGUCACAGUGGCCUCCAAUCUGCAGGACGUGAGUCACGUUGGGAGGGACCUAGGGUGGAGGUGGGGACCACAGACUCAAGAUGCCCCACCCAGGCGAGUGCAUAACCUGGUCCUCCCCUCUGCAAAGCCAGGAAUCCGAGUCCCCUGCCCCUCUUCCCUCGGACCCAGCAGCCCCGGCCCAGCCCCUCCUCCCUCGGACCCGUGGGUUCUCCCCCUAGGAGGAGCUCUGCGGCGCCCUCUGGCGGCUGGUCCUGGCACAGCGCUGGAUGGAGCGGCUCAAGACUGUGGCUGGGUCCAAGAUGCGAGGCUUGCUGGAGCGCGUGAACACGGAGAUACACUUUGUCACCAAAUGUGCCUUUCAGCCCCCCCGCAGCUGUCUUCGCUUCGUCCAGACCAACAUCUCCCGCUUCCUGCAGGAGACCUCCGAGCAGCUGGUCUCUCUGAAGCCCUGGAUCACUCGCCGGAAUUUCUCCCGGUGCCUGGAGCUGCAGUGUCAGCCCGACUCCUCGACCCUGCCACCCCCACAGAAUUCUGGGGCCCUGGAGGCCACAGCGCCAACAGCCCCACCGUCCCCCCUGCUCUUCCUGCUGCUGCUGCCCAUGGGCCUCCUGCUGCUGGCCGCUGCCUGGUGCCUGCACUGGCAGAGGACACAGCAGAGGAUGUCCUGUGCUGGGGAGCAGGUGCCCCCCAUCCCCAGUCCCCAGAACCUGCUGCUUGUGGAGCAUUGACCCAGCCGGGGCCUCAUCUUGAUGGAGUCUUGCUCUGUCACCAGGCUGGAGUGCAGUGGCACUAUCUUGGCUCACAGCAACCUCAGCAAUUCUCCUGCCUCAGCCUCUGGAGUAGCUGGGAUUACAGGCUGGAGUGCAAUGGCACGAUUUCUGCUCACUGGAACUUUCAUCUGCUGGGUUCAAGCAAUUCUUCUGCCUCGGCCUCUCAAGUAGCUGGGACUACAGGGGAAGACACUGAGGUACACAGAGGGGAGUCACCAGCCAGAGACUGCACAGCUCGGACACAGAGGAAGUUGGCUAGAGGAUGGUCCCUUCCUUGGGCCCGAUGCCCCUCUCGCUUCCUCCCCAGGAUGGAGGCAACACCAGAACCCAGCACCGGCCCCAUUUACCCAACUCUGUACAAAGCUGUUGUCCCAUGAAAUGUAUACAAAUCAUCCUUUUCUA